UGCAUCAGCUGUGAGCCCCUCGUCCUCAGCUUGCAAAAUAUACUCUCUCUUAUUUAUUUAUUUUUGCUGCCCGCAUCUGCUCUGACAACGGGAAUAUAUAUGAUAUUUUCCACAAACCCUGAAAUGGCUACACAGGAGGUACAACCGAAUGAGACUCUCACCAACCUAAAAGCGGAAUCGGACACGUUGAAAACGAAGCUCGAGGACGAAAGAGCGAAGCUGCAUGAUGUUGAACUCCACCAGGUGGCAGAGAAGGUGGAUGGACUGGGCCAGUUUAUCAUGAAGACCCGGCGUACUCUGAAGGGACAUGGAAACAAAGUUCUCUGCAUGGACUGGUGUAAGGACAAGAGGAGGAUCGUCAGCUCGUCACAGGAUGGAAAAGUGAUUGUAUGGGAUGCCUUCACCACUAACAAGGAGCACGCAGUGACCAUGCCGUGCACCUGGGUGAUGGCCUGUGCCUACGCCCCCUCUGGAUGUGCAGUGGCCUGUGGUGGUCUGGACAACAAGUGCUCAGUGUACCCUCUGUCGUUGGACAAGAAUGAGAACCUGGCAGCGAAGAAGAAGUCUGUCGCCAUGCACACCAACUACUUAUCUGCCUGUAGCUUCACCAACUCAGACAUGCAGAUCCUGACGUCGAGCGGAGACGGAACCUGUGCAUUAUGGGAUGUGGAGAGCGGUCAGCUGUUGCAGAGUUUCCAUGGACACGCCGCUGAUGUUCUGUGUCUGGACCUGGCUCCUUCUGAGACCGGCAACACCUUCGUCUCUGGGGGCUGUGACAAGAAGGCCAAUGUAUGGGACAUGCGCUCAGGCCAGUGCAUCCAGUCCUUCGAAACCCACGAAUCAGACAUCAACAGUGUCAGGUAUUACCCCAGUGGAGAUGCAUUUGCCUCAGGCUCUGAUGAUGCGACAUGUCGUCUCUAUGACCUGAGAGCAGACAGAGAAGUGGCCAUUUAUUCCAAAGAGAGCAUCAUAUUUGGUGCCUCCAGUGUUGAUUUCUCUCUCAGUGGCCGGCUACUGUUCGGUGGCUAUAACGACUACACCAUCAACGUGUGGGAUGUCUUGAAGGGGACGAGGGUGUCCAUCCUGUUUGGACACGAGAACCGCGUCAGCACUCUGCGUCUGUCUCCUGACGGAACGGCCUUCUGCUCGGGGUCGUGGGACCACACUCUCAGGAUCUGGGCUUAAAGGAAAACGACACAGAAGAGGAACAACUAACCUCAAUGAUAGAUAGAUAGAUGGGAUCUUAGUUGUAAACUAAAGAGACAUUUACAUUUACAUUUAAGUCAUUUAGCAGACGCUCUUAUCCAGAGCGACUUACAAAUUGGUGCAUUCACCUUAUGACAUC